UAUGCUUAAAUAUCCAUCUUCCACUCAUCACUUUCACCACUUCUGCACUUCUCCAAACUCAUAAACUCACUCUCCCCAAAACUACACCAAAUAUCAAACACUUUUGAUAUCCCAUGGCUGCCAUGGCCACUGCCCUCACUUCUUCUCUCUCCCCUACCCCCAAACCUUCUUUCUUAGACCAAAAGUCUUCUUCCUUCAAUGGCACACCCGUCACCUCCUCUAGAUUACAACCCCUCAAAUCCUCUGCGAACCACAACCCUUCCAUUUCCAUGUCCUUGAAUACCCCACAACCGUAUGACCUCAAGUCUUUCAAAUUCGAGCCCAUCAGAGAAUCUGUCGUCUCUCGUGAAAUGACUCGUCGUUACAUGACUGACAUGAUAACCUACGCUGAUACCGAUGUUGUAGUCGUUGGAGCUGGCUCAGCCGGACUUUCAUGUGCUUAUGAGCUCAGCAAGAACCCUUCGGUCCGAGUGGCCAUAAUUGAGCAAUCCGUCAGCCCCGGAGGUGGUGCAUGGCUCGGCGGGCAGCUAUUUUCCGCCAUGGUUGUGCGUAAACCGGCUCACAGGUUCCUUGACGAGCUGGGCAUCGAGUACGACGAGCAAGACAACUUCGUGGUCAUCAAGCAUGCUGCUCUAUUCACUUCCACCAUCAUGAGCAAGCUGUUGGCCAGGCCUAAUGUAAAGCUGUUCAACGCCGUGGCGGCAGAGGAUUUGAUUGUGAAGGGAGGGAGGGUAGCCGGUGUGGUGACCAAUUGGGCUUUGGUUUCCAUGAACCAUGACACACAGUCUUGUAUGGACCCCAAUGUGAUGGAGUCCAAGGUUGUGGUGAGCUCGUGCGGGCACGAUGGGCCAUUUGGAGCCACUGGUGUUAAGAGGUUGAAGAGCAUUGGAAUGAUUGACAGUGUUCCUGGUAUGAAGGCACUUGACAUGAACUCUGCUGAGGACGCCAUUGUCAGACUAACAAGGGAGAUAGUGCCGGGGAUGAUUGUUACUGGGAUGGAAGUUGCAGAGAUCGAUGGAGCCCCAAGAAUGGGUCCAACAUUUGGGGCGAUGAUGAUUUCAGGACAGAAGGCGGCGCACUUGGCAUUGAAGGCCUUGGGACAGCCUAACGCCAUUGAUGGGACACUCAGAGAUGAAGAGUGUGUACAACCUGAGCUUGUUCUAGCUUCUGCUGAGACAGGGGAGAUUGUUGAUGCCUAAUUUAUUUACUUUGCGGAGACACUUCCGGAUGAUUAAGAAUUUGAAUAAAAUGGGUUUGGAGGAAACUGAGGAAGCAAAAACAGGGUCAUGAGUGGUGGCAGUUCAUUUUGGUUUUUUUGAUUAGAUAGAGCUUUAAUGAGCAUAUUAUCUCCUUUUGGUUAGCAAAGUGGAAAAUGUAAUUGCUAGUGAAAUACUUUUUCACUAGAAGCAAGAAAGAAAUAGAAAAAGGGCUUUCUACAGCAUAUUCCGAACUUUGCUUUUAGUAUUGCACCUUGUGUCUUUCAAACAGAAUUGGAUAAAACAGGGUACAUACUGCAUCUGUUUGAAUAAUCAUCCUAUGUCAUCGGAAUAUGUGUGCAAAGUCAAAAUAUUGUAACAAUUUACUCUGUUUUCACAUACAAUGAUGGAAUCCUCCCAUCGUAUGACAUAUUAUUAUAUAGAUCAACUUAUUAGAGAA